CAAGCACUAUCUAUACCGCAGGAAGUUCCUCCUGAUAAUGAAUUUGAAAAGCGCAUAAGGCCAGAGGUUAUUCCUGCAAAUGAGAUUGGAGUGACAUUUGCUGAUAUUGGUUCCUUAGAUGAGAUUAAAGAAUCACUUCAGGAGCUGGUCAUGCUUCCUCUUAGAAGACCAGACCUCUUCUAGUUCAAUGGCGGGCUUCUAAAGCCAUGCAAAGGCAUACUACUCUUUGGUCCUCCAGGCACUGGAAAAACAAUGCUAGCAAAGGCCAUUGCCAAUGAGGCUGGAGCAAGCUUUAUAAAUGUCUCAAUGUCAACGAUUACUUCAAAAUGGUUUGGUGAAGAUGAAAAGAAUGUCCGAGCUCUUUUCACCCUUGCGGCAAAGGUUGCUCCUACUAUCAUUUUUGUGGAUGAGGUUGAUAGUAUGCUUGGACAGCGGACAAGAGCAGGAGAGCAUGAGGUGAUGCGGAAAAUUAAAAACAAGCUUAUGACACAUUGGGAUGGGCUGUUGAUGAAACCUGGGGAGCGCAUUCUUGUUCUUGCAGCGACCAAUAGGCCUUUUGACCUUGAUGAAGCAAUCAUUAGGCGGUUUGAACGCAGACUCAUGGUUGGUCUACCUACUGCAGAGAGCAGAGAAAUGAUCUUUAGAACCCUUCUGUGUAAAGAAAAAGUCGAAGACCUAGAUUUCAAGGAGCUUGCAACCAUGACUGAAGGAUAUAGCGGAAGCGAUCUCAAGAAUUUGUGUGCAACAGCGGCUUAUCGACCAGUUAGAGAGCUGAUACAACAAGAAAGACAGAAGGAUAUGGAAAAGAAGCAAAAAGACGAGGAAGGGCAGAGCUUCCGAGAUGAUUCUGCCUCAAAAGAAGAAACUAAAGAGGAAAGGGUAAUUACUCUUAGGCCCUUAAACAUGGAGGACAUGAGGCAGGCAAAGAACCAGGUUUCUGCCAGUUUCGCUUCUGACGGGUCCGUGAUGAGCGAAUUGGAGCAAUAGAAUAAUCUAUAUGGAGAAGGAGGUUCAAGAAAGAAACAGCAGUUGUCUUACUUCCUGUAGAGACUGUCAUCAGCACUAUUCUUCGAAAAAUCUACUGCAAAGCUCGGGCAAGAAACCCACAUUUUGGGACAGCAUGACCAGUUGCCUUUGGUUUGGUUUUGGUCUUCCCAAGGAAGAAUCCUCUCCAUUCCCUCCAUACCUUGCAUCAGUUGGCAAGAUAUGAUUGCAUUGAAGAUUAUGAGAUUACAAGAUUAUUGUUUGGACAAACUUGUACCCCCACCCUGCAGAUUGUUACUAUUCUACGUCCAUUGUUUCAGAAAACAAUUGAAAUGUGUUUAUUUAACAUUGUGUUUCCAAUCCAUAUUAAAAAUCCAUUUCGUCAAUUGACGUGUAAAAUUUAAGAA